AUGGCAUUUCUUCGCGCGAUCACCGCGUCGUGCAACAGACGGGUCGCGAGGCAGGCGGUCGCCGGACUCUUGCAGCCGGGCCCUUCUCCGGGGUGGCCCCGCCAGGCAGCGCAACUCUGGCGGCGCUGCAGCAAUGCCGUGGAGCGCGAGCUGGGCCCCUCGGCCCGGUGGGCCGGCGCGGAUCGCCAACUCCUCUUGCUGGUGUUCGCCGCGAGCGGGUGCACUGCGUGCGGCGUGGCAUACGCCUCGAAGCGGGACGGGCAGCAGAAGACUGAGGGGUCCAAGUUUAGGUCGCAAGGCGCGGUGGACCAUUUUAUGGCGUGGUUGAAGUCUAGGGGGGCCGAUCUGGAGGCCGUUCAAGUCCUGCCGUCGCAGGACAUGGAACAAUCUGGACUUGGCUUGUGUGCAGCGCCUGCGAUGAGAGACAGGCAGAGGACAGGCAUCCUUGGAACAAUUGGUAGAUUUCUCCACGUCAGCAGAAGAGAAUUCGUUGCUGCCUCAUUUCCACUGAGUUCUAGCUUAACCGUGGAGACAGCAUGCUCUGAUAAGGCAGUUGGUCCAAGCUUGCAGGGGCUCCUUGACACAGGCCAAAUCGAUGAACAUGACGUGCUGGCGAUAUUUCUAAUGGUCCAAAAGCUGCUGGGUUCCGAUUCCGAAUGGGCUCCUUGGCUUCAGUUGCUUCCAGAUACACCCCAAGUUCCAUUAUACUUCAGUGAGAGGGAGUGGCAGGAGCUCAGAGGCACAACAAUAGAGAGGGCAGCUGCUGCAAUUCGUGAUAGAUUGAAGAUGCAAUGGCAGCAUAUUGAGCAAGAGUGCAAAGACUUUACAGCCAAGGCAGGUGCAUCAAAGAAACCGUCUUUCAGUGAUUUUCUUUGGGCUCAAACCAUUCUGGGUUCGAGAUCAAUACACGUACCAGUGAACGAGGGUGGUGAGAGCACAUUCUUUGAAGCCAUCGUGCCUGGCCUGGACUUUUGCAAUCAUGUGCCAGCUCCAGGUUGCAGGUGGGUGCCAUCCAAGAAGCCAUGCAGAAAGCAACCAGGCUCCAACAAGGAUGGAGACACAUCUCACAUGCACAUCGACCUUGUGGCAGAUCCCCGGAAGCCGCUGCAACCUGGAACCCAGCUCAACAUCUCCUAUGGUGACCGAUCUAAUGAGGAGCUAUUGUUCCAAUACGGCUUUUCCUUGGAGCUCAAUCCUAACGAUGCCCUGAUGAUCAGCUGCCCACUGGAAGAGCCCACACCACACUCCCCAAGCCUGGAGCCCCGUCUGAGGCUCCUAAGGUCUUAUGGCCUUAAGCCGCAGUUCUUUCUCCCGAAUGGGGAGGCGCUGCAUCUUGCAAAGUCCAAGGCCACAGAACUGGCCGAUCUGAGGGCGAAGGGACGACUGGCGGGCAGCCUGAGAGGAGUGUUUCCUGAUCGCAUGUGGAAGGUGCUGGAGGUUUUUGUCAUGGAGCCAGAAGAGGUGGCCAGUCGCCUUGGAGAGUCAAGUCCUGGCAGCCAGGGCAUGGGCAGAUCGAUUCCCAAGAAGGGAGGCAACUUGAGAGAUCUGGGCUUGGAAAUGGCAGCCGCCACCACACUUGUUCGCCUACUGGAGAUGAAAAUGGUGGAAAUGGAGGGUCCAGAAGGCACUGGACGCCUUGAGGAUGACAUCAAGAUUAUCGAGGAGGCCAAUUCGGGUGCAAGCACCAUGUCACAAAGCAAGUGGUCCUGCCUGGUGUACAGGGCACAGCAGAAGCACCUGGUGCGUGAGUGGUUGGAUGUGUCUGGACGUCACUUGCAGGAUGUGAUGAAUCGCCUGGAGGGUGCAGUUGCAUGA